AGUUGUCGCUGCUGCUCCUCCGAUCUUCUUCCCUCUUCUCCUUUCCUUCCUCCCAGCCGCGCGUGCGGAGGGAAGGGGAAGAAGAGAUUAGAAGGGCGCCGGAAGGAGAAGAACGCAGCUACGCUGACUAGCCAAUAACUAGGAAAAAUCAAAACUAGGGUCGGCUUGGCCAGGCGGCGGCGGCGCGCGCGGUGGGCGGGCCGGGCCGGGGAGCGAGCUUCGUUCCACGCCCCCCUUCUCCCAGCCUUCGUCUUCUCGAUCGGUUCAAGAACACGCCGGAUCGGAGUUUGAAGCCUCCGCCGAGCGAGCGAGCAAGCCUCGAUUCCAUGCCUGCGCCAGCCCCUGCCAUUGACGCCGUGCCGCUUCUGCCGCCGCCGCCGCCGCCGUCGCUUCUCAGCGGCUGCGACGGCUGCUACUGACUGAUCGCUCUGGAUGUAGCUAUAGGUACCUCUCGAUUGACAUGCUGUUCUGAUAACCUCUAACAAAGCCUCAAACACAAACAAAAGCCGCCCUGCCGCCACAGGGGCUACAACUGCUCGGUACGUAGCCAGGAUGGCAAUCGCGGUCGGUCAUUUCCACGACCUCAAGCCCCCUGCCAUGCGGGACCGGCACUACAGCCUCUACUCCGUCGCGCUGCUCGACAGCCCGCUGCUCGACAGGGAUCAUCGUCAUAGGGAUCACGGCGACGCCGCCACCGCCGGAGGGGGCCACACGGGCCUGUCCCCGCGGCGCCGGAGCCAGUCCUCCCCGUGCUUCACGACCGUCGUCGCGCCUGCCGGCUCGGAGCACGCGGACCGGUCCGGGUCCGAGCCGCGCGUGGAGAUCGUGGCGGGCCGCCACGCCCGCGGCGUGCGCGAGCUCAUCGCGGAGGCCGCGACCGCGAUCGCGUCCGGGACCCGGCUCGUCGCCGCGCAGAACGGCCUCGGCGGGGCGCUGCUGCUCGAAGGAAGCCGCGCUGGCGAGCACGUCGCGGUCAUCAAGCCGCUCGACGACGACGCUGUGACCGCCGUGGGGUCGCCGCCGGCGAGCGGCGGUGGGUACGAGAGCAGGACCGUGCUGCGGGAGGUGGCCGCCUUCCUCCUCGACCACGACGGCUUCGCCAGCGUGGAGCCGACCGCGCUGAUCAGGAUCUCGCGCCCCGCGACGGCGACGACGGUGGCGUCGAUCCAGCGCUUCGUGGCGCACGAGUACGACGCCGGCGAGCUGGGCCCGUCGCGGUUCUCGGUGGCUUCCGUGCACCGGGUCGGGAUCCUCGACGUCCGCCUCCUCAACAUCGACCGCCAUGCCGGCAACAUCCUCGUCAAGAAUCCGGCGAGCUUCCAGUGCACCCACGGCGGCUCGUCCUCCGCGCCGCAGCCGCUCGACCUCGUGCCGAUCGACCACGGCCUCUGCCUGCCGGAGCAGCUGGACGACCCGUACUUCGAGUGGCUGCACUGGCCGCAGUCCUCCCUGCCCUUCACCGACGACGAGCUGGAGUACAUGGCGUCGCUGGACCCGUUCAAGGACGCCGAGACUCUCCGCGCGGAGCUGCCGUCCCUGAAGGAGCCCGCGUUCCGGAUCCUCACCGUCUGCACCAUCUUCCUGAAGCGCGCGGCCGCGGCAGGGCUCUGCCUCGCCGACAUCGGCGACAUGAUGACCCGCGAGUUCACGGCUCAGCAGGAAGGGCUGAGCACAUUCGAGGAGCUGUGCAAGCAAGUGCACGACUCCGUCCACCCACGUCUGCUGCCCUCCUCCUUCCCAGUACACCCCUCGCCCGACGGCGACGGCGUCGACGAGGGUACAACAACCGUCUCCGGCGGGCGGAAGCACGUGUCGUUCGGCGACCUGAGCUUCGCGGAGUGGGCGUCGUUCCUGGAGAGGUUCGAGCAGCAGCUGCCGGCGGCGCUCGAGGACAAGAAGCGCGCUGGGUUAGGGACGUCGUCGUCGUCGUCGUUCUGACCGGAGCUGACCAUACUACUACAUACUAGUGAACCACAACCACCAUAACCACCACCACCACCAUUUGCAUGCAUGCGUGCGUGCGUGCUUCCGUGGACGCAAGAUCUGUACACGUGUGCAUGCCAGCUUGACGGGUAACAGAGCUUGCAUGUGCAUGUAGCUACUGCUGCUAGCUCCAUCUGGAUGCCUUUUUGUUGUGUCUGCGUAGGGUACGACAAGCCGAAGGCCGUGUAAGAGGAGACGAUCCAUCUUGUACGGUGGCAUGAUGUGCAUGCAUGCUGUAGGGAAGCUGCUCUGGAACACCCUUCCAAAGAAGCGGACGUGUCGGGCAAUGCCUUCCGAUACUUUGAACAACAACGACUCUUCCCCAGGCA